AUGAACAAUAGCAGAGAGCGUGGGAAUGGAAGAGAUAUGUUGAACGAUGAGGGUAGGAGUAUUUCUGUGAGUUCUGUUGGCAGUGCUGGAGUGAGAAAGAAAAAAAGAUUCGUUACCCCAAAAUGCAAUUGUGGGAUUCAUGCAAUUCUAUUCAUGUCAUCAACCCAGUUGAACUCUAAUAGGUUAUUCUUUGGAUGCCCAUAUUUCAAGAUUGUAGAAACUCAUUGCAAAUAUUUUGCAUGGCUGGAUGAAUAUGUUGCGUUGUUUGAAGAGGAGCAAAUAAGUGAUCACAGUCUUCAUGGUCGGAAUCCAAAGCAAAAUCAGUUGUUGGAUGCAGCUGUUUCGAUGGAAGAGAAAGUGAGUAAGCUAGAGGAUAGAGUUUCUGGCUUAGAGUUACAGAUGAAAAAUUCUAGGCAUGUUAAGUGUAUUAGGGGUUUUAGUUAUCCAUUGAUGGCUGUUGUGUUUGUAUUUGGAGUUGUAUUUGCAAAUUAUCUCCGAUAA